AUGACGCACUGGCGAGCUCUGGCUAAUGGGAACCAUGCCCUCCUCGGACUCUAUAAAGGGGGUGGCCGCGGCAAGCUGGCUGUGACAGAUAAGGAACACUCCUCGGACUCGCACGGGCGCGCACAACACACAGACGCGCACUCACGCGAGGGCAGGCGUUCAAACCCUGGGAACCCUAAGCGUGCGGAAAAUCCCCCGGGCAAGUUCGGUGGCAGCGCGCCCAGUCCGGCUAUGGAAGGCUUCCCAACUUCCCCGAGAGUGGAACGGCGGCCGCUGCGGGCUCCGGCCCCGCUCCUGCCCGCCAGACAGAUGGAGAAGGCGGCCGGUGCUCGGACACCGGCGGAGAAGCGGCGCGGUGCCCAGUGCAAUGGGUACGCCGCCAAGGAGCCACCCCGGUCCGAGCGGAGCGAGCCGGCGGAAAAGCCCCGCGGCCAGGAGGAAAAGAGCGCCCAGCCGGCGGACUAUUGGAAGACGGAGCGGACUCGUAGCGUGGAGGAUAACGAACUGAACCUGCCCAGCCUGGCGGGCGCUUACUCCACCAUCCUGCGCUCGCUGGGUGAGGACCCGGAGCGGCAGGGGCUGGUCAAGACCCCCUGGAGGGCGGCCACGGCCAUGCAGUUCUUCACUAAGGGCUACCAGGAGACCAUUGCAGAUAUCCUGAAUGACGCUAUAUUUGAUGAAGACCAUGAUGAGAUGGUGAUUGUAAAGGACAUAGACAUGUUUUCAAUGUGUGAACAUCACUUAGUGCCAUUUGUUGGAAAGGUUCAUAUAGGUUAUCUUCCUAACAAACAACUCCUUGGUCUCAGCAAGCUUGCUAGGAUUGUGGAAAUCUAUAGUCGGAGAUUACAAGUUCAAGAGAGACUUACAAAACAAAUUGCGGUGGCGGUCACAGAAGCCCUGCGGCCAGCUGGGGUUGGAGUGGUUGUUGAAGCAACACAUAUGUGUAUGGUAAUGCGAGGGGUACAGAAAAUGAACAGCAAAACUGUCACCAGCACCAUGUUGGGUGUAUUCCGGGAAGAUCCAAAGACCCGGGAAGAAUUCUUAACACUCAUUAAGAACUGAAUUGGAGGCGUAUGAAAUAUGAUCUGAAGAUUGUACUGCUAGUGGCAUUGUCUGUUUGUACAUUAUAUUUAAAAGUGUUGCAGUAGCGAGAUCUUUUUUGUCAUUAACUGUCACUGAAAAUUAUUUAUAGGAAAUAAAAAAUAGUAGAGAAGCCCUGUGGUUUAUCCUUGCCACCUUUUUAGCAGCAAUGGGGAAGAAAGUUGCCCAUUGAGCUUAAAAUCCAUAAAACUGUCACCCAGAUAAACUGAGGAUAGUAGGACUCAGAUGGCAAUUUAUUUUAUCAGAAUAGCCUGAUUACUUAUGAUGCAGUAAAUGUGAGCGUCAGGGAGGGAAUAUUGGGGGAAAUUAUAUUGAUCGUAAUAAGUUAAAAUGGUGCCAGUUCUCUAAGUGCUUAAAAAAAUCUAAAUAUGCUGUGGUAUUGCUGUGGUGAUUGACAAUUCAGCAAUACUUGCUUUAUUGUGUCAAUUAACCCUAUCAUUUAUAAUAAUUUUUAAAAAAUUUCCUAUGUUUACUUAUUUUUGGCCAAGUUGUGCCUUUGGUCAUGAAUUGUUAAAAGAUCCAUACUUUGGAUUUUUAUUAUGAAUUGGUUAUAAAAACACUGUUCUUUUAUUCAAUUGCCAGGAAUUGUUUCUAGAAUUGUUUACGGAUAUAUUCUCAUGUCAAUAUGCAGGGAUUUAUACAUUUAACUCUCUGUGCCUUGAUGAGAAUAUCACAUUAUUUAGAUUGUAGUAAUAUUGAUUUUUAAAUAAUUUUUACUAAGAAAUUUAGCAUUAUCGAGGCUCCAAAUAAUAGUCUACAUUGAUUUAUCUUUUGAAACUAAUUAAGAUUUAACUUGUAUAUUGUGUAUAGGAGACUCAAAAUUUUUAUUUGACUAAAGAUCAUUAAUUUCACACAAUAUUUUUAUAAAUAUUUCCAGGAAACUUGAAUUAUUCUCAUCUUUUCCAAGUCUAUAGAAUCACAGACUCCAUGGACCCAAGACUUAUAGCUGAGUCAUUCAACUAUAAGUGUUUUUAAUCCAUGACCAACGUUUUAAUGAAAGCUUCUGUCAAUGGUCUUUGUAAAAGCACCGGCAGAACUAUCACUACUGUUAGUGUGUGGUGGUAAUAUCUUGUCUUCAGUGUGGCAAAGAUGAGCCAAGCAAACUUUUGUUUAGUGGUCGGUGGAGGGUUAUUUCAGCUUAGGAAAGUUUUCCUUUAUUAAUGAACAACUUGAAUUUGAUAUCACUGGGGCAUAGAGGCCCAAACUAAAAAAAGAUAUUUUUAUUGCUGAUAAGUCAUUACUGGAUUAUGGGUUUAAAAAUUAGAGGUUUUUGUCUUCUUUCUGAAGUUUUAAUAUUUGUUCUUCAAAUAUGUCCUAUUAUUAAGAAAAAGAUUAAGUUGUCAUGAUCUAAGAAUCAAUUUAAAAGCGUUUAGUUAUGUAUUGAACUAGUGUAUUGUUACAUAGCUAUAGUAUUGUUUCUGAUCCCUUUUACCUUUUAGAAGGUAAGAUGUUUUUAAACAUCUUUUUUUAAAAAACAUCUGUUUUUAAAAAACAAUCUCUAUUUCUAGUGAUAAAUGUCUUUUCCCUGACUUUCAGCAGCUAAACAAAUUAUAAACAAAAUAGAAACCAAAAAACCUCUAAUCAGUCUUGUCUCAAUUGGUAGUACCUCUGUACCUCUCCCAUGUAACCUCGUACGCUUAUUUCUUAGUUGUUUCUCUCACUCAGUAUUUUGACCUAACCUUUUAAAAGUGGGAUUCUAAAGCCUCAAAAACCAAGUCUGAGUUAUUUGAUAUUAUUUUAAAGCAAACACUAAUAUGAACUGGAGGACAGAAGAAAACUUCAGCUGUAAAAUUCAUCUUUCUGUAAUCAUUUGAACUCCAUUUUCCUUUAUGUUUAUGGCCUCUCUUAGAGUUUUCCUGCAGGGCCAUUGCAAAAAAAAAAAAAAAAAGGCCAUAGGCUAUUCCUGUCUCUCAGCAGUGAAGUCAAAAUGAUUAGCCUGCUACCUGUUUGGUUUUUCCCAUGAGCUGUCCUUCGAAUAUACCUCUUAGUUUCCCUUGGCCUUAGAUUGUCUUUAUUGUUAGGAUUUUUAGAACUUGAUGCACUUAUUAUACUAUGUAUUUGAUUCAAAUGACGCUUGUUUAAAUUUGAUGUAUUUGUGUAUAUGUUGUGUCUAUUUAAAGUUGGUUCUAUUUAAAACAUUAAAGUAUUGCUAUUCACUUGC